AUGGCGCUGGUAGCCUACUCCGACUCUGAAGGCUCAGAUGCCGAGCCCGAUACCACUCCCGCACCCUCUGUUGCAAAGCCCAAGCCCGAGGCGGGCGCCGGCUUCCAGGUUGACCGCGGCAACCCGCGCAAGAUUCGCGUCGCACUCCCGCUGAAACCCGAGCACCCCACGGACCAGGACGCUGAAGAUGGACCGGCGCGCAAGAAGGCCAGGCUAGGAGCUGCCGCUGGAGGGGCCUUUGCCGGCUUCAACUCAUUUCUGCCCGCUCCAAAGCGGGCUGUGGAGAAGAAAGCACAGGUAGCCACGACGCGCAAAGUAUUCAGUCUGAAGACGGGUGCCGAACCAGGUUUUGAUCGUACAGCCGAUGCGGAGAUGCGGAACAGUCAGGCGUUCAACCAUAAUGCCGACGCAACCGACAGUACAAUACCUACGCCUGGCAGCUUGGGACAACCGGCGGCCAAUUCAGACAAUGUUCCCGUGGCGAAGGCAGAGGCUGGAGUGGUCAAGCUCCAGGGCAACCCCAUGAUGUUUCGGCCUUUGUCCGUUGCGCGAAACCAAAAGAAGAAGCAAACCACCAAGGUCGCCUCUCAGCCAAUACCCUCAGCAGCAGCAGCGUCUGUGGCAUCCAAAUUAGCCGAUCCUACGGCACAACAACCGACUGCAUCGGCUUCCGCACCAGCGCCUGCGCCCAUGCCGCCCAAGCCCAAGGUCAGCCUUUUCUCGUUAUCAUCCGAGGAUACGGCCCCGACAGACGAUGCCUCGGCACCAACAGGGAUCUACGAGCCCUUGGUCUACAACACGGAGACCGAGACUGAGAUGGAGGCCGCAUCGGCCGACGCAGCACUAGUGCCGGAGUCCAUACCCACGGACGCGGCAUAUUAUCCUACAAACGCCUCCGUAUCAUCCUCCCUGGACACCAUCGCCAACGACCUCAAUCUCUCCAAGUCAGAACGCCGGCAGCUCUUCGGCCGCAAUGCACCCUCUGCGCAAUCCCGCAUCCUCUCCUUUAAUACCGACAAAGAAUACGCCUCGAACCAGGCCAAUGCCGAGACCGAGUUGGCUGCCACGCAACACAACCCUGUCCGCGCUAUUGCUCCUGGCAAGCACACGUUGCAGCAGCUGGUCAAUGCAGCGAGUACUCAGAAGGACGCCCUGGAAGAGAGCUUCGCCACAGGAAGGAGAAACAAGAAGGAAGCCGGAUCCAAGUAUGGGUGGUAG